UCGAACUUUAGUUUCUCUUUUAGAAUAUAUAAGAUCAGGAUGUUACAAUGCAGUGCAAUCGCGACUCAUCCCGCCAUUUAAUAUCAUCCUGAAGAAGGCCUCUUGAUCAUGUUUCAAGUGUGAGAGGAUGAAGAUGCAACUGGAGGGGGUCGCAGUGUGAAGUCUGAUCUGAGAAAGUGCUAACAGUGGUGCGAGCAACAUAUAAGGCGUGACGGCAGCAGAGCACAAUGUCGAGCUGUGAGGUAGUCUGAUGUAGCACCGAGGUCGUUGGAUCUCCUCCGAAUUCGAUCGAAGAAGACUGAAGCUCUGAGGUGAUUUCGAUGGAGAGAACUAACCGACUUUCGAUGAUGCCAAUCCUGAUCUGGACAAUUUGUGUCUGGAUCUUCUCACCGCCGGGUGCUGAGGCUCAGUUUGAUUACCGUGUGAAAUUUUAUCGGGAAGAAUGUCCUCAAGCCAGAGAGCUUGUCAAAGAUGUGGUGCUGAAAGCUACUGCUGCGGACAUGGGGUUGUCAGCUGCCCUCCUCCGACUGAACUUCCACGACUGCUUCAUCAGAGGUUGUGAUGGGUCUGUUCUUUUGGAUUCCAACUUCACCAACAUCGCGGAAAAGGAUGGCUUCGGCAACAUGUUUUCGCUCAGAGGCUACCGGGUAAUCGAUGAUGCCAAGGCUGCAGUAGAAGCUGUUUGUCCCAACAUCGUCUCCUGCGCCGACAUCCUCACCCUCGCCGCUCGGGAUGCCAUCGCCUCUAUUGGAGGUCCAGCAUGGCGAGUUACAUCAGGCCGCAGGGAUGGUGUGGUUUCUUACGCCUCAGAAACUAUCGACAACUUGCCAGCACACUACAGCGACUUUGCUGACUUAACUCGUUUAUUCGCCAAAAAGAACUUCACUGCCAAGGAGAUGGUUGUCCUCGCAGGUGCCCACACUAUAGGCCGGACGAAAUGUGGAAUGAUUCAUGGCCGUCUCUACAACAACUCAGGUCCUGAUGGCGUAGACCCCACUCUGAACGCAACAUACGCCGUAGAGCUGAAGAAACAAUGCCCUUUUCGUACAAACUUCUUCAAGCACGUUCCCAUGGAUCCGACUAAUCACAACAACACCUUCGACACGAACUACUUCAAGAAUCUCCAGCAUCACAAGGGUCUGUUCAAGUCUGAUGCUGCGCUCGUCUCCAACGUCAAGGGGCGCGCUCUCGUUGCUCUUCAAACAUCGACCAGACGCUUCUUUCUGGACUUCGGAGCUGCCAUGGAGAAGAUGAUCAAUACCGAAAUUCUGAUCUCUCCUCAGGGAGAAAUCAGAACCAACUGUCGACAUACUAAUUAGGUUGACUCACUCCGAAGCUGUUUCGGACUGAGAUCUUGUCGUAGGCUUCCACUCGUGCGCUCGAUCAGACUAUGGCACGACCGUACCUAGAAAAUGCGAAACGAGUCGAGGUCCAAGUCGACGUGCCGAUGGGCACUCACGGUGUUUACCAAGCCUACCACCUUUACAGCAAUAAAAACGCUUUGUACAUGUCCAUGUGCU